AAUUUGUCAAUGACAAAACAUAAAUUACAAAGAAUUUAUCUGUCAAUUAUAAAAGUUUAAAAUUUAACCUAAAAAUGUAUCAAUUUGUGAAAGAAGCCAAUAAAGUAUUAAUUUUCUCAGACAAAUCAUUUGUUUAUUUUGGUGAUAUUAAAGCAGAAAUUGAGAAAUCAGAAGGAAAAAAGCCAGAGAUUUUGUUUGAAAAUCUUGAAAUAUUAUUAAAAACAAAUCCAAGUUUUUCAUCAAUAGACGUUAUUCUUGCUGCUUUUGAACAACCUUUUGUUUUAAAUAAUGUAGUGUUGAAAAAAUUACUCCAAUUUCUAAAGCCAAAAGGUAUAAUUAUUUUUCGUGGAGCUGUCGAGGAAUUAAAAAAUUUAGAAGCAAGUUUUGUUUCACGAUUAAAAUUAAAUGGAUUUCUCUGUGAAACAUCACAAACUGUAUCGACAAAAACAUCUGAUGAUUCAGAAAAAAUUUUCCAUGAAAUUAAUGCAAAAAAACCAUCAUAUGAAACUGGUUCAAGUGUAUCACUUUCAUUUGCCAAAAAUCCCGUUAAUAUGUGGAAAUUGAAUGAUGAAGAUGAUGACGACGAUAAUGAUGCUAAUUUAAUUGAUGAAAAUGAUCUCUUGGACGAAAGUGAAACAAAGAAACCAUCAGAAUCGUCAUUACGAGUUUGCAGUACGACUGGAAAACGUAAAGCAUGCAAAGAUUGUACUUGUGGUCUGAGUGAGGAAUUAAAUGGUAAAAAUGAAGAUCAGAGUGUCAAGUCAUCUUGUGGAAAUUGUUAUCUUGGUGAUGCUUUUCGAUGUGCCAGUUGUCCUUAUUUAGGAAUGGCUGCCUUUAAACCAGGAGAGAAAAUAAUUCUCGAUGAUUCACAACUUGUUAAUAUUUAACAAUCUCUCAUCAUUUUCUAGAACAAUAUAUCAACAUGUUACAAGAUAAAUUUUUAUCAUUAAAUUGUCAUUCUAAGCUAUUGUGAUUGUAGAAAAUAUUAAUAAAACUAUUUCAUAAAUUUA